CUGGAUGUUGGGGGUUCAAAGAAUAAGGCAGUCUCUGGCUACUCUGAAGCUAGUUCAUAAUAUGCUCAUGAUCUCAGGUUUGAAGCAGAAACAUCCUGUGAGGACUUUUAUUCAUGGCUUUAGAUGAAAAGGACAGAAACUGCUUCUACAGAUCUGUGUGGGGCUGAGUUUGCUUUCAGAAAAUGCUGAUAAGUCCUUGGGAAAAAAAAAAAAAAGGGUUGCUAUGAAGACUUGGCUUUGGGCCUGCGAACUGUGGUGACGGCACGGUCACCAAGGAAACCAAAAGAUGCAGCUUCUAAAAGGUCUCUGAAGGCUUUUGUUGUUGCCUUCGUUCGUAGCAAAGCUGAUUGGCUUAGCAAAGCAGUGUUGAGUAUGGGAGCCGACUGGCAGAGGCUUGCCGCCCGUCCUGCAUCUGGUACUAGUUGCUUUGGAAAUCUCCUUGGCCCUUGGUUUCAGAAGAAGGAGCGAUUUGGGGGUACUUUCUAGAUUCUGAUGUGCAAAUGCAGUAUUUACGUUUCCAGUUUGUACGAUAGUCCUGCAUAGGACUCCACGAGCACAAAGUUGCACAAGAAUUGAAAGAACUACAGGAUUUACAGAUGGAUCCAGUGGAAAAGACAACAAACAGAAGUGAACAAAAAUCCAGUAGAAAGUUUCUGAAAAGCCUCAUCCGGAAGCAGCCGCAGGAGCUGCUGCUGGUCAUCGGGACGGGCGUCAGCGCCGCCGUGGCCCCGGGGAUCCCCGCUCUCUGCUCGUGGAGGGGCUGCAUCGAGGCGGUCAUCGAGGCCGCUGAGCAGCUGGAGGUCCUUCACCCGGGGGACGUGGCGGAGUUCCGCCGGAAGGUGACGAAGGACCGGGACCUGCUGGUGGUCGCGCACGAUCUGAUCCGGAAGAUGUCCCCUCGUACGGGUGACACCAAGCCCAACUUCUUCCAGGACUGCCUGAUGGAGAUUUUCGACAACCUGGAGCAGCACAUCCAGAACCCGCUGGUGCUGCAGUCCAUCCUCAGCCUGAUGGAGAGGGGCACCAUGGUGCUGACCACCAACUACGACAACCUGCUGGAGCUCUUCGGGCAGCAGCAGAGCAAGCCCAUGGAGUCUCUGGACCUGAAGGAUAAGACGAAGGUCCUUCAGUGGGCGAGAGGGCACAUCAAGUACGGCGUUCUUCAUAUUCACGGCUUGUACACAGACCCCUGCGGGCUGGUCCUGGACCCGUCGGGGUAUAAAGAUGUCACACAGGACCCAGAAGUAAUGGAAGUCCUCCAGAACUUGUACCGCACCAAGUCCUUCCUGUUUGUGGGCUGUGGAGAGACCCUUCGUGACCAGAUCUUCCAGGCCCUCUUCCUGUACUCGGUGCCCAACAAGGUGGAGCUGGAGCACUACAUGGUCGUGCUCAAGGAGAAUGAAGACCAUUUCUUUAAGCACCAAGCAGACAUGCUUUUGCAUGGGAUUAAAGUCGUGUCCUAUGGGGACUGUUUUGACCACUUUCCUGGCUACGUGCAGGACCUUGCCACUCAGAUCUGCAGGCAGCGCAGUCCAGAUGCUGACCGAGUGGACAGCACCACACUGUUGGGGAAUGCGUGUCAGGACUGCGCCAAGAGGAAGCUGGAGGAGAAUGGAAUGGAAGUCUCCAAACGGCCCCGCCGGUCGGACGCGGGCUACAACAUAAUUUUGAGAACGUCCCAGGAAGUUUUUGAAAAGAUAAAGACUGAAAAUGAACAUGAACGCAUGAGAAAAACGGCGGAAAUCGAUCCAGGAGGUCCAACCAGGACGAAAUCGAGGAGCAGGGAACAGAGUCGGAAGGAACAGUUGAGGAGACCGCCCUCACCGCCCCCCGCCCGGCUGGAGAAGGACAAGGACAACGCCGCGUGCCGUGGGCAGAGUGUCGCCGCUGAGUGGGCCUGGCGGCAGGGGGAGGCGGGAGGGGGCCUUCCGGAGGGCUCCGGGCCGCCUCUGCAGCAGCUCCUUCGGCACACACACCCCUGUAGGGGGGGAAUGCUGUUUCCCUGGCGUUUCGAAUACAGUUCUUUCCGGUCUUUGGCAAAUAUUUGGAGUGUGAAUUCAGCUAGUGGGGAUAUCUGUAAGCAAAUGAAAAUGAAAAAAAUGAAAUGAGCGCUUUGAUCGUUUUGCUCCAGGACAGGUGGUUUUUCCCACCGGUCCCUUUCCCACCGCUUGUUGUCGCCCUGUCUGGGGCCGCUUGGUCACUUGUGAUGGUGAAGAAGGCAGGGCCCGUGGUGUUGCUGUGGCUGCGUAUGCGCGGCUCCCCCUUCAGGGCCGCCCCCGGGCAGUGGGGCCCCAGGGGAUCCCCGGAUGCCAGCAGCCCGGGCAGGCAUGUGUCCUCAGGGAAGCCCUCGGGGUCCCCGGGGGCUGGAGAGCGCAGAGGAGUGUGGCCGGCUGCCGUCCUCCCUGCCCUGCGGCGGGCUCCUG